AUGUCAAAUGUGACCAAACUCACCACCUCCAACUACCUUAUGUGGAGCCGCCAAGUUCAAACUCUUCUUGAUGGCUAUGAUCUUGUCCCUUUUUUGGAUCCAGCUACCGCCAAACCAGACUCCACCAUCAUCACAAAUGGUGUCACCACUGCCAAUCCUGCCUUCACCAUAUGGAAGCGUCAGGAUAAGCUGAUCUACAUCACUCUCCUUGGAGCUAUCUCCACCUCUGUUCAACCUCUUCUCUCUCGUGCCUCAACCGAUGCUGACAUCUGGACCACCCUGACCACCACCUACACCAACCUUAGCAGAGGCCAUAUUCGUCAACUCAAACAACAACUUGACGAGUCGCAUGAAGAUCAGAUCGACUACAUACUUGGUGGUCACCCUGAAGACUACAAGUCCAUUGUUGACCAGACUGAAGCCCGUGACACUCCACCUACGCUCCCGGAGCUUCACGAAAAGCUUCUCAACCAUGAGGUUAAGCUGCUUGCCUCUGCUCCUGCUGCUCCUCCCUCAUUUCCGAUCUCUGCAAACUUCACCAACCACCAUAGACGUCCCUUUUCCAAGUUCAACAAUCACCACCCCGUCCAGUCACAAUCCACAUGGCACAACUCACCGCAAAAUGACAACCGCCGCUCUCCUCGUCCAUACCUUGGUCGUUAUCAGAUCUGUGGCACACAAGGUCAUUCUACCAAGCGAUGUCCACAGUUCCAGUCUCCCUAG